GGACGGCGCAGACGCACUGGUUCGCCUUCCCACCAAUCUCGACCCUCGACGCGUUCCGUUCGUGCGUGCAGCAGUCGGGACCCGAGGAGAGGCAACGCGGUGGGCAAGGGCUGCGGCGCUCCGAGUAGUGGGCCAGCGACGGCGUGGAUGGCGGACUCGCAGCUCUUCUGCGUGGCCGAGGAGCGCAGCGGCCACUGCGCCGUGGUGGACGGAAACUUCCUCUACGUGUGGGGGGGCUACGUGUCUAUUGAAGACAAUGAAGUAUAUUUGCCUAAUGAUGAAAUUUGGACCUAUGAUAUUGAUAGUGGAUUGUGGAGAAUGCAUCUAAUGGAAGGAGAACUCCCUACCUCCAUGUCGGGAAGCUGUGGUGCUUGCAUUAAUGGGAAGCUGUAUGUUUUUGGAGGAUAUGAUGACAAAGGAUACAGCAAUCGACUUUAUUUUGUCAAUUUGCGAACAAGAGAUGGCACCUAUGUUUGGGAAAAAAUCACCAACUUUGAAGGAACGCCACCCACACCACGUGAUAAACUUUCCUGUUGGGUAUAUAAAGACAGAUUAAUAUAUUUUGGUGGUUAUGGGUGCAGGAGACACAAUGAACUUCAAGACUGUUUUGAUGUUCAUGAUGCAUCUUGGGAAGAACAAAUAUUCUGGGGAUGGCAUAAUGAUGUCCAUGUAUUUGACACAAAAACACAGACUUGGUUUCAACCAGAAAUUAAAGGUGGAGUUCCACCACAGCCACGAGCCGCGCAUACGUGUGCAGUUCUUGGAAAUAAGGGUUAUCUCUUUGGCGGACGUGUUUUGCAAACUAGGAUGAAUGACUUGCACUAUCUAAACUUAGACACCUGGACUUGGUCUGGAAGGAUUUCUAUUAAUGGAGAAAGUCAACAUCGGUCAUGGCACACUUUAACACCAAUAGCUGAUGAUAAGCUUUUCCUAUUUGGAGGACUAAGUGCAGAUAAUAUUCCAUAAGUAAGUGAUGGUUGGAUUCAUAAUAUCAUAACAAAUUGUUGGAAACAACUUAUACAUUUACCUAACACAAGACCCAGGUUGUGGCACACAGCCUGUUUGGGAAAAGAAAAUGAAAUAAUGGUAUUUGGUGGGAGCAAAGAUGAUUUACUUUCCUUGGAUACAGGUCACUGUAAUGAUUUAUUGAUCUUUCAGACACAGCCUUAUUCACUACUAAGGUCAUGCCUAGACUGCAUUGGUAAAAAUGCUAUCAUCUUAAAAAGUCAAAUAUCUCUAUUACCUCCUAAACUUCUGCAACAAGUACUCAAAAAAAUAACAUUUUGGACUGCAACCAAUCACCGAGAAGAACAAAGAGCCCAGAAAGAAGAAACAGAAAAUAAGUAUCAGUGGAUCAGUAGCAAUUGAAUUGCUAUAUACUCUAUGUAUACCUAAUACACUUAAACAUUUUAAUCAGAGUAUACAUUCCCCCCCAAUAAUAGGCUUUAUUUAAAGGAUAAAAUAUGAAACAAAAAUGCUCUGUUAAAGUGAUUAUAUAGCAUGGAAUACACAGAAAUGAGAUGUGAAUUCAGAUUAUAUUUGUAAACCAGUUUCCUUAUAAUCUACAGAAAAUAUGCUUUCUGAAAGUAAGUACAGUUAUAACAGAUAUUAAAUCAAUGUGUACUCUUUACUGGAAAGAUUAUGCAAAUUUGAGAAUAAGAAAUUACCCUAAGGACUUCAGAAAUCCCCCAACCUAACUGUAAAUGUGUAUAUAAAACAUUACAUAUCAACUUUCAGAAAGAUAAAUUUUCUCAAGUCACUUUAAAAUUACCUGUGUCGUAUAAUAACUUAGUUAUUUAAAAACUUCCCCUUAAAUAACUAAUUCAGCUGGUCAAAAAUUAUAAAACAGGCAGGUACCGGUAGGUUAUUAAGUAUUGAACUUCAGCCCUUUUAGCACUUACACAGUAAAGUGUUCUUAGGCAACACUGUAACUUUUCCUCACCUUUGUGUGGGGAAAUACAUGUCUUCAAUUCUGACUCCAGCUAAGUUAUUUAGUUUGUUCAGUUUUAUAUAUGUAAGACCAAGUUUUAAUGUAUAUAAAGUGAAGGUUUAUUUUAUCAUACAGGCUUUGGAAUAUUGAGAUGUGGUAUAUUAUUAACUUUGAGACAUGUUAAAAUACAUUUUGCCUUGGAAAAGUAAUUUUUGUAAGUAAUGAAAUGGGGUGGUAAUUUAGCAAUUUGUGAAAAAACCCCCAGUUUGACUCAGUCUGCUCUGUAGAGUUGAUGUUCAAAACACCAGGAGGUUUAAAAUCUAAUGUUAACCCUUUUUAAAUAAAAGUACUUCCAUCUAUCCAGAAAUGGAACCCUGUAUCUUUAUAUUCCUCAAAUGGUACUUUUGCCAUAAUUGAAACAUUUUUCUUCAUUUUAUCAUAGUCAUGCCCUUCCAUUGGCUUAUUAGUUUCCAGUUAAUUACUAAGAAGCUUUGUAUAUAAAACUAUUCUCUACACUAUCACCUCACAAGUUGUUUUUGAAGUUUAAAAUGUUAGGAAAAUAUAUUUCUACAUUGAAAUAUGUAAUUUAUAGUGAAAAUUGUAGUUUGUAGUAUCAUUAAAUUUAAAGUAUAUUUUAUAUAUAUGUACUGUAUUUUGGAUGUAUAAAGCUUCUAUUUAUGUAUUGAAAUGUUUUAUGUUUACAUUUUUAUUUAUUGUACAAAGACUAUGGAGUUACUGUUUCAUAAUUUUUGUCAACAUGAACCAGUUAUUAGAGGUGAUUGUGCAAAAAAAUUUAGUGUGAGUUUUAAUUUUUUCUUACUGUGUUUAGUCAGUAUAUCAGAUUUAGAAAAUGAAUCUCACAAGUUACGCACAUACUAAGAGAAAUUAUCUUGUUACUUUGACCUUCUGUAUCAGCAUUUUAUAUUUAAGGCAAAAAUAUACCAAAACCUAAUUGGAUAGUGAUGGAUGACAUUGAAUGGAACAAAAACCUUUUAAAAUGACUUCUGGGUUAUAUGAAUGCUUUCUCCAGUCCCUUAUAAGAACACUUCUGUUUUUAAUGAUUUAUUCAGAACAUAAAAAGUUGAUCUUUU